UAUGCGCAUCCCAAGUCUCACAUACUUGAUAAUUAAUGUAGCAUAAAACAUUUAAAUUUUAGAAUUUAACUGCUAUGCUGAAAAGUGAAUAUUUAUGUUAGUUACAAGUUUUUUUUUAAUAGUAUACAAAAGUGUGUUUUCAGUGAUUUUUAUAGGAUAAAAAUGAAGUAUGGGCUGUUUUUUGUGUUGUCAUCGCUCUUGUGGAACCAAAUUUACACCUGUACAACACCUCUAGGACAGCGUAGUCAAUGUAUAUCUCUCUACGAUUGUCCUCCACUUCUGGCUGCAUUUGAACAACGACCUCUAUCGAGUGCAUACCUCAGGUUCCUGAAACUCUCGCAAUGUGGCUUCGAUGGCAUUACACCACAAGUCUGUUGUGGGCCUCUAGGACAACCACCGGAGACCUCUACCCCCCAAUCAUCACGACCAGUGUGGCCGGCAACCAACACAGAGAGUAACUCAAAUUCAGGAGAGAUAGACCCUGUAAACAGUGAAGACUCAGCACCUGCUCCUAGAGAUCAAUGUGGAAUUGAUUAUUCGGAUAGAAUAUUUGGAGGGCAAAUAACAGAUCUGGAUGAGUUCCCUUGGAUGGCAUUGUUGGGAUAUCGCACUCGAAGCGGUAACGUAUCUUAUCAAUGCGGAGGAGUUUUAAUCAACAGUCGAUACGUUCUGACAGCGGCCCAUUGUGUAACAGGACAGAUUGAACAACAAGUUGGCAGCCUGGUCACAGUUCGACUAGGCGAAUAUGACACGCAACAGGAUGUUGACUGUGAUAGAAGCACUUGCGCUCCUCGACCACAGGACAUAGCGGCGGCAGGUGGCUAUCCACACCCAGGUUACAGUGACAAAAACAUUAACAGACAAGACGAUAUCGCACUAGUCAGACUUGCUCGCAGGGUUCGGCUAUCUGACUACGUGAAACCAAUUUGUCUGACCACAACUGACGCAGAACUAGACGUAGGCGACUCUGCGUUUGUAGCUGGCUGGGGGAGAACUUUAAGCGGUAAAAAGAGUCCAGUUAAACUGAAGCUCGGGCUACCAAUAUUUGAUAAGAAUGACUGUCUCAACAAAUACAGGCCUUUAGGAGCAGAAUUGUCAGAAAAGCAGCUUUGCGCUGGUGGUGCUUAUGCUCAGGAUUCUUGCAAAGGAGAUUCCGGAGGACCUUUGAUGAGGAAACUAUCUAAUGGUAUAUGGGAAACGAUAGGAGUGGUCUCCUUCGGCAAUGGCUGUGGAAGAGAUGGAUGGCCAGGAGUGUAUACUUCCGUUGCCAGUUACGAUGAUUGGAUAAGAUCGACGAUGCGUUCCACCAAUAAAUAGCAGACAUUUUAAAUUU